UGCUCAACACGUGUUCGACGCUCGAUUCUUUUAAAUUAAUAUCAACCAAAUAACUGCAAUGGCUGAAGAAUCAUUCUAUGGUGUUACUUUGACCGCCGAAAGCAAUAGCGUGACGUGGGAUGUGGACGAGGACUACGCACGAGGCCAGAAGCUGGUGAUCAAACAGAUUCUGCUCGGCGCGGAAGCCAAGGAUAAUGAGUUCAACGUGGUGGAGGUCAACACAGUGAAGGACUCUGUGCAAAUUCCGAUUGCCGUCUUGAAGGCUGGCGAGACGCGCGCCGUCAAUCCAGAUGUGGAGUUCUACGAGUCCAAGGUCACGUUCAAGCUGAUCAAGGGCAGUGGACCCGUGUACAUUCACGGCCACAACAUCAAGGACGACGUCGAGGUGGUCGACAUGGAGGAGGAGGACGAGGAGGACGAUGUGGCCGAGGACGAGGAGGACGAGCACCCAAAGAAGCGGGCCAAGAUCGAGCAGAACGCCGCAGCCGCUGCCGGCGAUAAAAACGCCAAGAACAACAAGAAGAAGUAAACCGGAAAGCAAAUCUAAAAUCAUCGUAAAUCGUCAACCAUCCAUCGAUGAUGGUUUAAGCUAUUCUUCACGUGUAGAUUUAACAAGCAACAAAGUGUUUUAGGCCCUAUUUUACAAUACUAUACGAUACGAUACGAUACGAUACAUACUGAGAAUACAAUUUAGUUCCUUUUGAACUUUUGAACGAGAACAGCGCCCUCACCUAAACCUAAACAAAAACUUUUAACCACUUAUCCUUAACUUUACAUUUACAUUCAGUUCAAAGACAAAACGUUGUGUGCUCGUCUCGUGUAAUCUUAAGCGGAAAGGUCCUUAAACAGCGCCCGGACAGGCACUCCCCAGAAGCAUAACUCACUAACCGAACCGAAGACACAGACUUGUACUGUAUAUACAUAAAACGAAACUACAACUAAACUAAACACCUUAAAACCAACACGGAAACCUCCUCCUUCCCCUACUUCAUAGAUGUGGUAUGAAAUUAAACUGUCGUCGGUAUUUAAAUGAAA